GAUACUUCGAAAAGCUGCGCAGUGACGUGGCAACUCUAGCACUGUUAUAAGUCUAGAGCAAUGCGGCUUGAAUUUGCAAAUUUCUUGACGUGUAACUAAAAGACUUGUCACGUUUCUUGGACGCUGUUUAACAAUUUAGCAAACCCACGCAAAAAUGGCGCAAAAUGCACCCAAUUGCAAAGACACGCAGGAGGUGCAGUUCAAGCUGCAAGAUAGGUUUACGUUGUUUGGACAAUGUGGCGAACCACGCAGCAAUGUGAAACUGCUCGCAGUGUCCAGCAGCCGUGGUCUGUUAUUUGCUGGCAAUCCCAGAGCGCCGGAAUUGAAAGUUAUUAUAAUUAAAGAUGUGGCGACAGCGAAGGCUAGCGGCAAGCAGCCGCUGGUGCGUCAGGUGCCAUUGCCCAACAUACCCAACUAUAUGAGCUGCAGCGCUGAUGGCAACUUGCUGGCUAUAAACUAUACACAUACCAACGGCACAAGUCUGCUGCAUAUAUACGCUGUACAAUCGUUUAUGACGCCCAAUAUAGGCACGCUCUAUAACAUACGCCUGGCGCCGGAGGAUCAUGUGCAUGCCGUGCAGCUGCUGUGGAAUCCUGUGCUGCCCAAUAACUUGGCUGUGGUACUGAGCAAUGGCGCCUUGGGCAUGUACACGCUUAAGGAGGGCGGAAACUUUGAGCUGCACUCACUGGACAAGAGUCAACAGGUUAAGUGUGGCUGUUGGUCGCCUAAGGGCAAGCAGAUAGUGCUGGGCUUUCCCGAUGGACGGUUGCAGCAGUUCAAGCCCGAUCUAACACCCGCCAAGACGCUUGUCUGUCCGCCCAACGUGCACGAUGGACCCUUCGAUACCAUUGCGGUGCAUUGGCUGUCCACAUUUCAGUUUGCGGUCAUCUUUCUGCAGCAUGGCGAGGACUGCUGUCCCGCCUUGUAUAUAGUUAAUGCACCCAAGGCCGGCACACCCACAUAUACAAAUUAUUAUGACAUCUGCUUCAGCUUGAAUGGACCACGCAAUCAUCAGUUUCAUUUUACACAUGUGGCCGCAUGGAAUCUAUUGCUGCUGAGCUCCGCCAACGGCGUUGAAGUGGGCGUACUGGGCACAUCUGAAGCGGGUGACUUACCCAGCUGGCAACAGUUGACGCUGCUGGAUGAGGCGCGCAUAGAGCUGCCACUUAGCGAAGACACGCAGGAUGAAACUUUUCCUUUGGGGUUUGUCUACGACACCUGCAGCACGCAUCAGUUGAGCAUUAAUGAGCAGCAACUACCCAGCAUGCCCAUGGUGCAUGUGCUCAGCUCCGAAGGAUCGCUGCUAACUUUUAAUUUUUUGAAUCUGCAAGCUGGCGCUGUAAGCGUUUGUUCUCCACCGCCACCACUAACCGAUUCAUCUGGCAAAUUUUGUGAGCUGAGUGCGCUGCUGGAGGCGCAGCAGCCAGCUGCAGCAGUUGCUGCAGCGCCAGCACCAGUGGCUGCUGUGGAGCCUGCUUUGACGCCAUUGAAUGAAAGCUCCUUUGCUUUUGCGCCUAGUGCAGUGACGUCAACACCGGCACCUAACAAGGAUAAGCCAGCGUCGCUAUUUGGUGGCUUUGGUGGAACGGGAAAUGCGCUUAACUUUGGCGCACCAGCUGCCAAACCGUUUGCUAGCUUUGGCAUGGCAGCGCCGCCAGCAGCAACACCACCAGCAACUGGCUUAAAUAUGCAGCCACCACCGCAGCAGCAGCAACAACAGCCAGCGCAACAGCAGCAACCAGCAGCGCAGCCAGCAGCAACAGUGGCGCAGUCACAGCUGCAGAUCAAUAAAGUCAACAACAAACCUUUGUAUACAGUGCCGCCCACAUUUGCGCCUGUGCCUGCAACUGCCAAACCAGCGACGUCAGCAGCAUUGCCCAAAGCUGCGCCCACAGCAGUCAAAAGCGAACUAAGCGCUGGCGAACUGGAUGACAUUGUGGCAGACAUAAUGCAGCUACAAAUCCAAGCGUUCUCGGAGCAAAUCGCACAGCAAAAGCAGCAAACUCGCGCGAUAUUGGCGCAAAUAGAAUCGCCUGCUAGCAUCAAAACCUACGCACUGCGUUUGGAUGAGCUGCAGGAGCUGAACGAGCAAGCGCAGGAUGUAGACUUUGAGCUGGAUGUGCAAACGCUGCGGCAGUCCUUAAAUGAAGCCUAUGCCAUGAUGGCCGAAUGCCGUGCCAAGCUGGAAGUGUACAAGCAGCCGGAUAUAACACGUCUGAUGAGCUCCAAUAGCUUCGAUGCAGCAGGCAGACGUCAACUAACGCGUCUGCAGAGCUAUGUGGCAGCCAAUGAAGCGCAGCUACAGCUGGCAACACAAAAUAUCGAUGCACAAUGGGAGCAGUAUCAGGAUGUGCUGCGUCGCAGCUCCAAAUCCAAAAUGCAUAUGCCCUGUCUGGAGGGCAUCUAUCAACGCUUGACGCGACUGCAGAAUAUGGCGUCCAGGCAACGCCUUACACAGCAAAGCAUCAAAGCCAAGCUCAAGGAUCGUGGACUGCUGCAGGCCACGCCCAGUCGCACGCGUCAAAACGAAAACGUUGACUCUUUGGCGGAUUCUAUACUCUCGCUCAGUCUGCAUCAGGCAGUGGAUACAAAUCGCGCCAAGCUUACGCAGCAAAAGUUGCAAGGUCUGCGUCAAAUGCUGCAGCAGCACAAGCUGCACAUUAUCAGUCCACAGCGUCCGGAUCGCGUGGGUCUCAAAUCUGAGGUAAUACUGGAAACCAAACGCAAGGCGGAGCUCAAAAAGAAAGCAGCGGCUGCAACUGUUGCUGCUGCAGCGAAGCCAACAGUGGCACACAAAGCUACACAAGCAGCUGCAGCGCUGCCCAAGCCCACCGCAUCCAAGCCAGCAGCAACAUUAGCGCCUGCUGCUGCUGCGCCUGCGCCAAAGCCCACUCAGGAGCAGCCAGCAGCCAAUCAGUUUGUGUUUAGCCAGAGCAGUCCGUUUGUCAAGACUACAGCUGCAACGGUAACCACCGCUACGCUGACCGCAGCUGAAACCACCAAAACCAGCAGCACAAGUUUCUUUGGUGUUAGUGGCGGCAACACCAGCAGCAGCUUUAGUUUUGCUGCCAACAGCAAGCCGCUACUGCCCAUGGGCGGCACGUCCAAGCCUGCAGCAACUGCUGGAAAUCUGUUUGCUGGCUUUGGCAGCACAACGCAAGAGCCGCCUAAGCCCACGCUGGAGCCACAAGCAGCCAAGUCGGAACAGACAGCGCCAUUGGAGUUAAAGACUACUGCAGCACCUGCUGCUGAGCCGCCCAAGCCAGCACCCAAAGCUGAAGCUGCGCCCAAGCCUUUCAGCUUUGCUGGCUUUAAUAGCAAUGCAGGCAAUGCCAUUGGCAGCAGCUCCAGCACACCAUUUAGCUUUGCCGGUGUGGGCAGCACGCUGAGCAGCGCUGCAGCGUCCAAGCCAGCUGGCAAUAUCUUUGAAGCAGCAGCAGCAACAGUUGCUGUAAGCAGCAGCAGCGCCAGCGUAACAACAACAGCAGCUCCAGUUGCUGCGCCAACAACUGCAGCAGCGCCAGUUGCAGCAGCUGCAGUUAGCUCCAGCAGCAGCGCCGAGUCCGUGCCCGUGGACAAUCUUUUUGGCACUGUAAACAUUUGCAAGCCAACAACAAAAACUGAAAAUACUUCUGCAGCGCCUGCGAAUAUAUUUGGCGGCUUUGGUCAGACUACCGCCAGCACUGCGAGUCCUUUUGCCAGCAAAGGCUUAUUUGGCAGCGUAGCAGCAGCAGCAACCACAACUACAGCAGCAGCAAUAGCUUCGCCAUUUACUGUUACAACUACAAUCGCAUCACCAUUUGCUGUUGCAACUACAGCAGCGUCAGCGCCAGUUACAUCAACAACAGCAACACCAGUUGUGGCUACAACAGCUACAAUUGCGCCUGCAGUCAGCACAGCAACAACUGCAGCAGCAGCAACAACGCCAAUAUCAACAGCUCCAGCAGCAACAACAGCCUCAACAGCAGCAACAACAUCAGCGGCACCUGGCAGCAGCUUCAGUUUCUCCAAUGCUUUUAGCAGCUUAAGCGCUGGCGCGCCAGCUCCAGCAACUACUGGCACUUCAUCUGUAUUUGGCGGCACCGGCAAUACCUUUGCACCAGCAGCUGCUAUUCCUAGUCCGUUCGCUGCUGCUGCCAAUACGCCGCCCAGCGCAAAUAUAUUUGGCAAUGUGCCUAAGCCUGUGGCCAGCGUAUUUGGUGGAACUGCAACAGCGGCAGCGCCACCUAGCGGUCUAUUUGCCGCUGCAGCCGCUGCUACUGCCAGUCCAAUUGCUUCACCAUUUGUAGCCGCAGCACCAGGAACUCCACCCACGCCCGCUUCGACUGGCAACAUAUUUGGCCAAGCAGCGGCUGCGCCUGCUGCUGCUUCUAUUUUUGGUGGCGCCGCUGCUGCUGUUGCUCCUGCGCCUGCUGCUGCUUCACCUUUCGGUGGCGGUGGUUCAAUCUUUGGCGGCAGCAGCAAUGCGCAGUCUCCAGCUACGCCUGCUGCCCAAGGGUCUAUAUUUGGACAAAGCGUCUUUGCUUCAGCUGCUAGUCCAGCCACACCAAAUAAUUUGUUUGGCGGCGCUAGCGCUGCAGCGGCUCAACCACAAGCUUCUGUUUUCGGUGGCGGCGGCGGUUCGAUCUUUGGUGCUGCAGCUGCCAACACAGCAGCCACGCCUGCUUCAGGUGGUUCCAUCUUUGGCGGCAGCAGCGCUGGCUUUGGCACAUUUGCGCAGUCAGCUCCUGCGCCCGGCGGCUUUGGCAGUGGCUUUGCUGCAGGUGGCGGCGGUUCGGUGGCUCAAACUGGCUUUGGCUCGCCGCAACAACAGCAAACGCCGCAAUCCCCACCAGGCGCCUUUGGUGCCAAGCCCGUAUUUGGUGGCAGUCCCGCCUUUGGCGCAAGUCCUACUUUUGGCGGUGCCGCCUCGUUUGGCAGUCCCAAGGCCUUUGGCGGCUUUGGUGCUACCACUGGCAUUGUCUCGCCACCGGCGUUUGGUGCCCCAGCAGCUAAACCACCAGAGGGCAACAUUUUUGAUACUCUAGGUGGCACCGAUUCCGGUCUCUCAUUUGGCAAUCUGGCGCAAACUGGCAACUCCAAUGCCCAGAAGCCUGCCUAUGGCGGCUCAUCCUUUAUGACCUAUCGCUAAGCAUGUUUAAUGAAUUCUAUGAAUGUAUUGUUUAUUAUAAAUAAAAACUUUGAUGUCUACUGUAAAGUUUGCAUCAUUAA